CUUCAGGCCAUUUAUAUGAACGCUUUUUAAGAAUUAUGAUGCUUUCUGUCCUACGUCAUACAAAAACACCAGUUAAAUUUUGGUUUUUGAAAAACUAUCUCUCACCAACAUUUAAGGAUGUUAUUCCUCACAUGGCUAAAAAGUUCGGGUUCAAGUAUGAGUUGGUACAGUAUAAGUGGCCCCGCUGGCUUCAUCAACAGACAGAAAAACAAAGAAUUAUCUGGGGCUACAAAAUUCUUUUUCUGGAUGUUCUUUUCCCUUUGGCUGUGGAUAAAAUCAUAUUUGUCGAUGCUGACCAGAUUGUGAGAAGUGACCUAAAAGACCUCAGAGAUCUCGAUCUAAAUGGAGCUCCCUAUGGGUACACACCUUUCUGUGACAGCCGUAAAGAAAUGGAUGGGUACCGCUUCUGGAAAUCGGGGUACUGGGCGUCACAUCUCGGGAAAAGGAAAUACCACAUUAGUGCCUUGUACGUUGUGGAUCUUAAGAAGUUCAGGAAGAUUGCAGCUGGGGACAGGCUGCGGGGCCAGUACCAGGCUCUCAGUCAAGAUCCCAACAGUCUGUCAAAUCUAGACCAGGAUCUUCCCAACAACAUGAUUCAUCAAGUGGCUAUUAAGUCUCUUCCUCAGGAAUGGCUUUGGUGUGAAACCUGGUGUGACGAUGAAUCCAAGAAAAAGGCUAAAACGAUAGACUUGUGCAACAACCCCCAAACCAAAGAACCAAAAUUGAAGGCUGCUGCCCGGAUAGUUCCCGAAUGGGUUGACUAUGACUCCGAGAUACAAAAGUUCAUACAUCAAAUUGGAAAAGAGAAGAAAAAUCCAACCUCAUUAAUUCAAAAAGGCCUUAAGCACGAUGAACUUUAG